AACGACUGCUCCUUUACGCCCUCGAUAUUGGCGGGCCACCAAUCGGCAAAAAACGACGCGGCCGAGCUCCUCUCUCCGCCACCGCUAUCGUCCACCGGCACACGGCAGUGAAACGGGAAGCCUCUACUAGUUCUUCUUCACAACGCCAAUUCUAGUGGUUUAAGUACGAGAAAGAAAACCCUAUUUCUCUACCUCCCUUCUGUUCGAAUACUUCUUCCUUACAAUCAGGUUCUGGGAAAAGCAAACUGAUAUGAUUAAUGGUCGAGAUCAUCAUGAUGCAUCAUCACCAGCAGCAGACAACUGCCAUUCCAACGGCUCCUAUCAGUUCUCCUCUUCCCUCUUCUUCCUCUAUUAGAUCAUCACAUACGACGACCACCACCACCGCCACCAAUAACAGCACGCAGCAGCAACAGCUCCCUUCGCCGAUCUCUCUUGCGGGACAUGUUGUUACGCCGAUUUCCGCUGCUCAUCCUACAGGGGAGCCCGCCGUGAUCAUGCCCACCUCCUUGCCACUGGCGAGAGUAAGGCUCUCGGACCUAGUCCCUUACGACGGGGCGCCUACGGAUUCUUAUUUGAGAGCGGUGGAGGCCUUAUCUGGUUCGCUUACAAGACACAACGCGGCGGUGAUUGAACUUGGAACAGAAGAUGGAGCGUUGAUGAGGUGUGGGUUGGAAUCGGCCAGAUUGUAUUUUAGAACCAGGGCUGGUGGUAAUUGGAGUAGCAGUAAUGGUGGUAGUGGGGUUUAUAAGUAUAGGGCAGGAAGAAUGUCAUGUGACAGGGCUUUAGAAGAUACGGAUUCAUCUCCACCAUGCAUGGCAGAUGUUUUCAGAUGCAUGGGAAAGGCUGCUCGUGCUGCUUUAUCUGCAAUGGCUAGGCACCUUCGUUUACGAAGCGACGUUUUUAAUCAUUUACUUGAUGACAACCCCUUACCUGCUAUUGAGGCAUCAUCAUCAGUACUUGUUGCAUCUUACUCGCACACGUCAUCACAAAAGGGAAAAGGUGCUAUUGGUGGAGGGAACGUAACAACAAACCAUGAAAGUGAAAAGGGAUUGUUGACAUUGGUUAGUUCAGACGCCCCUGGUCUGCAGGUUCGUGAUCCCAAUGGUCGUUGGUACCUAGCAGAUGUUGGUUCAGCUCCUGGCGACCUUUUACUAUUGACAGGGAAGGCACUCAGCCAUGCCACUGCCGRACUUCGCCCAGCUGCUUCYUAUAUGGCUGCAACUGAUCACUCUCCUGCCACUGCUAAUACUGGACGAUCAUCACUGGCAUUUAGGCUCAUGCCACAAGGCAAUGCUAUAUUAGACUGUUCUCCGAUUAGAACAGCUGGUCAUGUCAUCCCUCAGAGCUAUGUACCAAUCUCUGUAAGCCAGUUUAUGGAUGAUCUUUCUGCUGAUGAAGACGCACCUUGUAACGGCUCUGAUAAUGUUUUUGCAGCUUGGAAAAACUCGAAUAAAGAACCAUCACUGAGAAGCGUUCUCUCUGAUUCAUUGUCUGGCUCAUUCCUCGAAGAUGCUAUGCUAGUUCCAUGUGGGCAUUCGUUUGGUGGCCUGAUGCUUAAGAGGGUCAUAGAGACGGAGGGAAAGAAUAGUUUCAUGUGCAUGGUUAUAAAGGGAAGAUGUACCAUCUGCGAUGCUGAAUUUGGGACUGGAUCUCUAAUACCAAAUCAUGCUUUGAGAGCUGCAGCUGCAGCUGUUAAGCGUGAGGAUGAUCGAAGGCUUUUUCACAAUGCUGCUAUGCGUAAACAAAGAAGAGAAGUUGGUGACCGCUGGGUAAAUGGGGAUGUUACUUCUGAAAAUGGGACCAAUAGAUGUGUACAGUAUCCAUUUUCUGUAAAUGAGAAGGUUGUUAUUAAGGGAAACAGGAGGACGCCCGAUAAAUUUGUUGGGAAAGAAGCCAUCAUUACAUCACAAUCUCUUAAUGGCUGGUACCUCGUAAAUAUUAUUGAAAGUGGGGAGAAGGUUCGGUUACAAUACCGAUCUUUCAGAAAGAUCCCAAAUUCUCCAUCCGGGCCGGUUGACAACAGUUGAUGGACACAAGCCAGUUCUUUCAGAAAGAUGCGAAAUUCUCCAUCUAGGCCAGUUGACGACGGUUAAUGACACGGACACAAAAUGUGGAAUCUUAUGCAGUGGCUUGGUUGGUCCUGGAAAACAGUCUUUACUUGACUUCUGAUUGUCAAGUGAGUUGAUUUUAAUAGUGAAAUUGUUAAUUGAUAGCCAAAGAUGUUGGGUAGAAGCAUUUAUGAAUCAAGAUUUGACGUUAUGGGAUGGAUGAUGAUAUACAUGUUUUUACGUUCAAGAAUGUAUGUAUAUAUGAAGUACACACAUUUCUCCCACUCAAAAGCUUGCUCCUUUGAUUAUACAAAACGGCUUCAUAU